AUUGCAUUCACUCUUUAUCACCCAUAUGAUUUGUCUUAGCUAUCGGCUCAUAGAUCCUCGUUCCGCAUCGAGGGUGAAACUCCCUUCUGUAUUAUUCAACUAAUCACAGAACUGUAGCUAGUGAGAAAUGGAGGGACAGCGCUGGCUGCCACUGGAGGCUAAUCCAGAAGUUAUGAACCAAUUUUUACGACAGUUGGGCUUGGUACCUUCCUGGCAGUUUGGAGAUGUUUAUGGUUUGGACCCAGAGCUCCUCACAUUAGUGCCAAGGCCUGUGUGUGCUCUUCUUCUCCUCUUCCCUGUGUCAGAGAAGUAUGAAUCAUUUAGACUGGAGGAAGAAGCAAAGAUUAAGGCUCAGGGGCAAGAAGUGUCAUCAGAGGUGUACUUCAUGAAACAAACCAUUGGAAAUGCAUGUGGCACAAUAGGGUUGAUUCAUGCAGUGGCAAACAAUCAAAGGCAUCUGGAGUUUGAGCCCGACUCACCAUUGAAGACAUUUAUAGCGCAAUCCUCUAUGAUGAGACCUGAGGAAAAAGCGACUUUCCUUGAAAAAGAUGAGAGCAUCCGUGCAACACAUGAGUCAAGUGCUCAAGAGGGCCAAACAGAGGCUCCAGGUUUAGAUGAAAAGGUGGACUUGCAUUUUAUUGCUAUUGUGAAUGUUGAAGGACAUUUAUAUGAGUUGGAUGGACGAAAACCUUUUCCAAUUGCUCAUGGGAAGACUACAGAGGACAGCUUUCUUGAGGACGCUGCAGAGGUCUGCAAGAAAUUCAUGGCACGUGAUCCCCAGGAGCUGCGCUUCACUGUAGUGGCUCUCUCCAAGGCAUAAACCACUCGCCCCCCUAUUGUUUUUUUCAAGAAGACAACUGCCAGUCAUUCUCAAGUGCUGAACACGCAUUUUUACAGAAUAGAUUUUGAUAAAAUGCAUGUUCGCUAAAAGUUUUGACUAUUAUGUAGUCAUAUAGUCAUAAGACUGAAAUGCAAUUGUACAAUAAUAUGAAUGAUUGAAUCAGUGAAACUGAUAGUAAACAGUAAAACUUGAAGUAAAAAAAUCAUAUCAGAUGACUGUUCAAUGACUGUGCAUUGUAACUUUGCAUACUUUUGCUGUGUCCCACCUACCAGCACUCUAAUUAGACAGUAAUUGUUUCUCCAAACAUCAAAAGACUUGACAUGUUGUUGAAAACACAGAUGCUCCAAAUUGAUUAAAUUAUAUGGGUUUAAAUAAUAUUAAAGGUCACACUCUUUACAAA